AUGAUUCAGACUGAAUUACCUUGUCUUUUCGGCAGCUGAAUUCAAGGCUCAAGUGAAGAGCACACGACUUCAAAGGCAGAGGGAAUCGAAGGUGCUCCCCAGCUUUGGAUGCUUCCUCUGUUAGAGAUGCAUGCAAGAAUGGCCCAAGUCCUCUGGGGAUGUUUCUUCCUGUGGAUUCUCUGCAGAUCGUCCACUCAGACCAUCUACCCUGGAAUCAAGGCGAGGGUGACUCAGCGGGCUCUGGACUAUGGCAUUCAAGUUGGGAUGGAGAUGAUUGAGCAAAUGGUCAAGGAAAAAAACAUCCCAGAUUUACAAGGUUCUGAAUCUCUUGAAUUUCUGAAAGUUGAGUAUGUGAACUACAGUUUUUCAAACAUAAAAAUCAAUGCCUUUUCAUUUCCGAAUACUUCACUAGCCUUCGUGCCUGAGGUGGGAAUCAAGGUGCUGACCAACCACGGCACUGCCAACAUCAGCACAGAUUGGGAAAUCAAGUCUCCGCUUUUCCAAGACACAGGAGGAGCUGAUCUCUUUCUCUCUGGGGUCUACGUCACUGGCAUUGUUAUCCUGGCCCGAAAUAACUCUGGUCAACCAAUCCUGAAGCUCCAAGACUGCUACGCCCAAGUGAGCCAUGCCCACGUUUCAUUUUCUGGAGAACUCAGUGUCCUGUACAACUCCUUUGCUGAGCCCAUGGAGAAACCCAUUUUAAAGAACUUAAAUGAGAUGCUCUGUCCCAUUAUCACAAGUCAGGUAGAAGCACUGAAUGCCAAUCUCAGCAUGCUGAAGGUCUUAACCAAGAUUGACAACUAUACUCUGCUGGAUUAUUCCCUAAUAAGUUCUCCAGAAAUUGCUGAGAAUUACAUUGACCUGAAUUUAAAGGGCCUAGUCUACCCUCUGGAAAACCUCACUGACUCCCACUUUUCACCAGUUCCUUUUGCGCUCCCAGAACUCAGUGACUCUAUGCUCUACGUUGGAAUCUCUGAGUAUUUCUUUAAAUCUGCAUCAUUUGCUUACUUUACAGCUGGGAUUUUCAAUAUCACUCUCUCCACAAAAGAGAUUUCCAACCAUUUGGUUAAAAACUCUCAAGGUGUUGGCAGCGUGCUCUCCCGGAUUGCAGAGAUCUACAUCUUGUCCCAGCCCUUCAUAGUACAGGUCCUGGCAGUGGAGCCACCCACGGUCAGUUUACUACCAAAUAACUUCACCCUGGACAUUCCUGCCUCCAUCAUGAUUCUCACCCAGCCCAAGAACUCGACUGCCAAAGCCAUCGUUUCCAUGGACUUUGUUGCUAGUACCAGUGUUAGCCUGGUUAUUUUGGGACAAAAACUGAUCUGCUCAUUGUCUCUGAACAGAUUUCGCCUCGUUUUGCCAGAAUUCAAUCGCAGCAAUAUUGAGGUCUUGAGGUUUGAGAAUAUUCUGUCAUCCAUUCUCCACUUUGGAAUCCUCCCACUGGCUAAUGCAAAAUUGCAGCAGGGAUUUCCUCUGCCCAACCCAUACAAUAUCUCAUUCGUCAAUUCAGAUAUUGAAGUUUUUGAGGGUUUCCUUUUGAUUUCUACUGACCUGAAGUACGAAACAUCCUUAAAGCAGCAGCCAAGUUUCCAUGGCUGGGAAGGUCUGAGCCUGAUGCAUGGACAGUGGAGGGGGAAGCCAGUCCCUUGAUUGCCUGUUUGGAGUCCAGGGCGGGAAGUAGCCCUCCAUUCCAGUCCAGCCCUUAAUCCCAUGGCUACUGUAAACCCAGAAGGGGAAGAGGGUGCACACUGGGAUUGUAAAGCCCUCAUGAAGUGAUCAGACUGAAAGUUUUCUUUCUGAAGCCUUCAGGAACAGAGAGGCAAACUGGGUUGAAGAGCUAAAUCAGGACGUGUUGGUGUACGGGUGGAUGUUUGAAUGGGUGUUCAUAUUUGCAUCCGUGUUGUGUAUUCCUGUGUUUAGAAGAUGCUGGGGACAAAAGCUAGGCAAGUACUGCUGACAGAGUGCAUGAGAAACUCUGAAAUACAGGUUUGCAUUGGUCAUUAUCUGCGGAGACCCCUUCAGCCCAUUCAGCUCUCCAGGGUUCCCCCUUUCCCACAUGUUGGCUUGUAUGUUUUAUAUUUACUGCUACUCUUCCCUGUAUUUAAUUAAAAUUUGAUUUUCUAACAGUGUUAA